AGCGCGCCUGCGCAGUGCGGGCCGCGCCAGGCUGCAGUCGAGGCGCCGGGAGCGGAACGCGGUGCGGCCGCUUCGGAACCGAGCCGGGCAUGGAGAGGCGGCCCUCGGCCGGGGCGGGCAGCGGGGCGUGCGGCGUGGCCGAGCCCGAGUGCUGAGGGGUGGCGGCGCCUCCUCGGAGUCGUGCGCUGCGAAGGAGCCGCCGCCUCCUCCUCCUCCCUCUGGCUGGCGCGGGCUGCGAGCGGGAUGAGCGCGGGGCCCUGAGCGGCCGCCGGAGCGCCCCGAGCUCUCGCAGCCUCCCCGGGCCGGCGGACCGCGCUCUGCCGGGACCUGCCGCCGCUUCCCUGGCUCCUCCCAUGGCAUGAGCCCGGGCUCUCCUCCCCUCGCCGCCCGCUCGCGGUCUCUCUCCUUUCCUGGGCUGUCAGAUGGGAUAACGCGCUCCCGCCGGGAGGCGAAGAUGGGCCCGCGCUGGGCUCGGCGGCGGCGGAGCGGCGGCGGCUCCGCGCUGCUGCUGCUGCUGGGGCACUGCUGGCUGUGGGCGGCCGGCGCCGACGACAACGGCAGCCAGCUGUCGUAUUACACGGCCCUCAUCAACGUGACGGUGCUGAGCCCCGAGCGGGGCGGCCCCACGCUGCUCCGGAUCGACCGCGGCCGCUACGGGCAGGAUUCGCCCAAGGUGGAGGUGAAGGGCCUGCUGGUGACCCCGGUGCCCAUCAACGGAGUUGCAGAUCGCCUGGGCUGUGACCCUCGGACGCGUUUCCAAGUCCCUCCCAACACCAAGCAGUGGAUCGCUUUGCUGCAGCGAGGGAACUGUACCUUCCGAGAGAAAAUCCUGCGGGCAGCUUCACACAAUGCCACCGCCGUGGUCAUCUACAACAAUAUAUCCAGCGAGGAGCCCGUCACCAUGACUCAUCAAGGAACUGGAGACAUUGUUGCUGUAAUGAUUACAGAAUCAAAAGUAAAGGAGAUCCUGAAUUACUUGGAAAAGAACAUCUCUGUGCUGAUGGCCAUAGCAGUGGGUUCCCGUGUUCCUCUAAAGAACUUCAGUCGGGGCUCCCUAGUCUUUGUGUCAAUAUCUUUCAUUGUUUUGAUGAUAAUUUCUUCAGCAUGGUUAAUAUUUUACUUCAUCCAGAAGAUCAGGUACACGAGUGCACGUGAUAGGAAUCAGCGUCGCCUUGGAGAUGCUGCCAAGAAAGCUGUUGGUAAACUGACAACCAGGACAGUAAAGAAGGGAGAUAAGGAGACAGACCCAGACUUUGAUCAUUGUGCUGUCUGCAUUGAGAGUUACAAGCAGAACGAUGUUGUUCGCAUUUUACCGUGCAAGCAUGUUUUUCACAAAGCCUGCGUGGACCCGUGGCUCAGUGAGCACUGUACGUGUCCAAUGUGUAAACUGAACAUUUUGAAGGCCCUGGGAAUUGUGCCCAAUGUGCCGUGCACAGAUAACGUGGCCUUUGACAUGGAGAGGCUCAGCAGAAGCCAGCCUGCCAGCAGGCGCUCAGCGCUCGGCGACUUCGCCAACGACAGCUCCCUGAGCCUGGAGCCGCUGCGCACCUCCGGCAUGUCACAGCUUCCCCAGGAUGGGGAGCUCACUCCGAGGUCGGGAGAGAUCAACAUUGCUGUAACAAGCAGUCACUUCUUUCAUCGCAAUUCUCUGUCCCCUCGAAGUCUGGUCUACGAGAGCGAAUUCUCCACCAUCGAGCCUGCUUUGGACAUGUAUGACGAGAACAAAACCUGAAAGGAAUGCACAUUCCUUCCUGGCCCUCUUUCUGUUGUUUUCAUUUCUCAUUCCUAUUGUUGUGUACUCUUUCCAUGGAUCUCCUUUGUCUGAAGAAGAGCUGCUUUUUCCAGAACACGAGCCUGCCUUCUAGGUCACGGAGAUGAAGACAGCUGUGGUGGUUUCUGCGGGUGGCACCUCCGAGCGCAAGCAAGGUUGUCUGAUGGAAGUUGCUGAGUAACAGCAUGGGAGCUGUGUGGGCCCGGCCUCGGCGGUGUGGAAGAGGCUUUGCGGUGGUCCUAAGAGUUUGUUUUGUACUGCAAAUGCGUCUCCUCAACAGGGGUAUGCUGGUUUUAAUGGUCCAAAUUGUUGGGCAGAGUCAGAAAGGGAACUAGUUGCAAAGGAGCUGGCCGGUGACUGGUAAAAGCACUCCGUAUAGCUUGGUCAACCCAUAACCUUACUGUGAAAUAUCCCCUUCCAAGAGGGACCUUCCAAGUGCGUUGAGUUUCCAAGGACCUGCUCACCCCUGGGCGGCAGCACGCCGGUCUGACGUUGUGCAGCAGAGAGGCCCUGUGUUUGCAGAAAGAUUUCAAGGAACUUGAUGCUUCCGUUUGUGUUUUUUUUCUCCAUUUCUACUGAAGCAGGAGAAAAGUGGCCUCCACAGAAUACAUUUUUGGUCCUUCCGUGUGCUCCAGUCACGUGAGUCUCUUUCUACAGAGAGGACGUUCACCGAACCAGCACUUGAUCUACCUUAAAACCAUUAGACUUUUUGAAAUAUGCAGGAAUCUAAUUAGCUUUCUUUCUUGCUUUACUUUUCUUUUCGGAGGGGUUUAAAAAAAUCCACCAAAUUUUUCACUGAGGUUUUUUAAAAGCCAGCAUGUUGGCGUUACACAGAGAAAAGAAGAGAGGUAAGCUUCUUAUCCUGUUCUCACGUUGAGAUCUGCAACGGUUAACCAACAAACACGUUCUCCAGGCCAUGCCCUUUCCCACUGACAUCAAUACGUGAAUGCAGAAAGCAGAGGAAUAAAGGAAAGCAGUGACUGCUUUGGGACUCAGCAUGAAAAAUCCAUUUUUACUGGAGCAUGCCAGAAGCAGUGGGGAAAUAGAGAUUGGUUUCAAGCUUCUGAAUGUAUAACAUGGAGAUGGAAAGCUGAGUUCAGCCAUCCAUAGAGCUCCUCACAUGAGCAGACGUGGAGAGUGAGGACUCCUGCUCUGUUUCCUCCUGGACAAUGCAGAGCUGUUUGAACAUUAACAUUUUCUCCAUUGCAGUCUCAGUUACUGUAGAUGUAGAAAUGCGUUUGUGUCCUUGUAAGGUGAAACACAGCUUUGCUCUGUAUAGGAAACUGAGAAAUCUGUAAGUCUAAAAGAAAGGUAGGUAAGGCAUUUCCUGCCAUGCUUUAAUUUUGUCAGAUUUUGCUACAAAAGUUCCCCUGCUCGUUUUUUAAUUUUGACUGUACAGUGGUCUGCUGACGUGCAUCCUUACCUGAAGCGUGGCUCAGCUGUGUCUUUAACACAGACGUUUAAGAGGAAAAGAAAAACCCAGCUCUGCAAAAUGAGGAAAUGAUCCUAUUCACAGAGUAUGCUCUGUUGCUGUGUGUCAGCUUCAUUUAACCUGGUAAUUCAAGGAUGGGUGGUGUGAAGGUUAGAGAGAGUUUUCUCGUAAUACCAUUUCCAUUUACCCUAUGCACUUUUAUUGCAAUCCAGCCAACUUUAGAGGCCUGCUUACACCCCAGGCUUUUCAAGAGCACAACUUCAAUGCCACCUUCCCCAACCAAGUGGUGAGGAUGUGGAGCCCCUUUGCUGGGACGGAGUGGGUUGUUUGGCUGCAGGCAUUGCUUUGCUGCUCCACGUGGCAGCUGUGUGCACGGGGAUGGGGUGCAGGUUGAGCAACCCUGACUUCAUCAUCACAUCUUCCAGGCAGUGGGCAGAGCGCUUCCAAACAGACACAUCCGGAAGUAAAACACCAUUGCUCCAGGGUGUCUUAGGGCUUGUUUUUGUCAGUGUUGAGUAGUCGGGUUGCAAAAAGCUGUGCUCGGGUGUUUGUAGUUAAACAGAGUGAGGCAUUGUGGCUCCUGCUGGAGCUGCUAGGGUGGGAUGGGAUGGGAUGGGAUGGGAUGCUCACCGUGGUACAUUUUGCCUACGCAGAAGCGCCCAAGAGGUGCCUUGUGCCACAGAGCAGAGUGGCCACAGUUCUGGCAUUAACACCAGCAAGGCAGUGUGCAGAGCGGGCUGUGGGAGCCCUGCUGGCCGCUCAGGACGUGCUGUGUGCUGGGCACCCCUGGGCACUGCCCUGUGCCUGGGCACGGCUCCGUCACCUCCGGCGCUGGGGCUGCGUCAGGAAGUUCCCCGCACUGCUUCCUGUUGUGCUUGGCUUCCUCAGUGCAGGGUUGGGUUUGUUUUGAACAAAGCAGUCAGCUUUGUGCCAGAGUAAAGGAGGACAGCUCAAAAGCAGAUGGAAAUUAAAACGAGCAUUAGCGACUACAGAGCCCUAAAUGGCAAAUGAAUAGAUAAUGCCAUUUGUAUUUGGUUAAAUCUCCCUACUUCUAAACUACCUUUUCAGAGGAGCGGGGAACAAGAGCUGUCUCCGAUGGUGCUGACUGGGGUCUGACGUGGUAAGGAGAGGUCCCACCUUUGGGUUGACUAGCUGAUCUUUUCCAGCCUUAGUGUUUCUCUGAGAGGCAGCUGGGGCUGACGGUUGUGCAAUGGACGUUGUGGGUUUGGAAGGUCUUGCAACACUGGAAACAUUAAGUCUGGUUGAAGCAACCGAUCCCUACGUGCGUGCUGGGACGUGCCAUGCCAGGCACUUGUGUACUGUAUUGUAGUUAGGAUGGGAAAGAGGCAGCACAGCAGCAUGGGUGAUUUUUCUGGGCUGUGCUGGUAAGUUUGAGAUGUUCCUUUUCAUAUUAAUCAGUAUGUUUAAAAAAAAAAAAUGCUUGAUGAGCAUCGUUGUUCUUGUCCUGCUGUGGUGGUGCUGUGUGUGGUCAUUUCAUAGAUGUAAGGUAGGUGGCAGUCUACCCGGAGCUGUGGUGUCAGUAUCUUGGGAAAUGAUUUUCUAUGUUUCGAAAACAAAAGUGUUUUUUU